AUGACUGCCCUCCCAAAAAUAAGCGCCAGCGUCUUGAGUCCAACGCUGCUCGACAAUCUCGUCGAGAAGGACGAGACCGAUAUCAACAAGGUCAUCCGCGACCUGCCUCCCGUCAAACCCAUGACUCUCCCUUCUCGUCCCAGCGACGCGUACGGCACUCUCGCCUUUCUGCCGACCGAGAUACUCAUCGCCACGGCAUCGCACCUCGACGUCCUGACCUUGACGCGCCUAGCCCAGGCGUCGAUGGCCUGGAAGGACGUGGUCCACUUCAACCCCAUCUACCGCGACCUGAUAGCCCACGUCCCAGACGUCCUGGCCGCCCUUGCCGCCACGGGCCUGCUGGCCGUGCACCCCGCGCCCGUGCUGCACCACGCCCUCCGCUCCUGGCGCUGCUCCAGCUGCAACGUCCACUUUGGCGGCUACCUGUUCCUGCCCACGGCCGAGCGCGCCUGCCUCAGCUGCCUGGCCGAGAACCCAGCCCUGCGCGUCUACGACCCGGCGAGCGUGCAGCGGUGCUUCGGCUUGUCCGACUCGCAGCUCGCCCGCCUGCCGCGCCUGCGCGUCAUCCGCGGCAGCUACAAGGUCGGCUCGUACGCCGACGCCCGCGUCGGCAAGUCCAUGGUCGCCGUGGGCGCCGCCAGGAAGCUCUCGGCGGGCCAGCUCGCGCCCAUCGAGGACUCGGAGUGGGAGCACCCGCAGCAGCAGCAGCAGCAGCAGCAGCAGCAGCAACAGCUCGGCAGGGACGGCGGCGGCCGCCUGGGGUCCUUUGAUCGCCCGUCGUACGGCCCGAACCGGAGACCGCCCAGCGCCCACGUGACCAUGAUGCUGCGCACCAUGCGCGACGCGCCGCUCAAGCCGCCCGGCGGCGACCUGACGCUGCGCCCGAGGCCGCGCUACCGCAUCGACGACUACCUGUCGGGCGUGGCGGUCGUGCGGAUGCCGUACCUUCCCGGGCCGAGGCACGGGGCAGCCGCCACACUCGACCGCGGCCGCCUGUGCCGCGGCUGUCUGGUCACCCAGACCCACUACCGGAGCGGCAAGCUGCCCGGCGGCGUGGCGGCUGCCAUGUGGCCGUCGGACCUGGUGGACGGCGGGAGGCGGGCCAUGGAGGCCAUCACGACGCGGCUGUGGACGAGGGAGGGGUUUACGGAACACGUGAGGGAGUGCUACGGCGCGAGGUUGCUGUUGCGCCAGUGGGGGAUCGUUGAGGAAUGA